GCGGCUUCAUGUCACACAUGCGUAAAGACAAAGUGAAUGGCACACGGGCGCAGAAGUGACACCGAGGCGACCAGAGAGGGGGGGAGGCUGCCAGAGCCGAUUCACAGUAGUUGGGAAGAGCUCAGUUUGGGGGAGAGGAGAAAGAAGAAGAGGAGGAAGAAGAAGGAGCAGCAGCGCGCGUGUGGAGGGGACGAAGAUGAACCCCGCGGGAGGUUAUAGUAUCCCACCACCAGCGUCUCCCAAACCCGGGCUGUAGGAGUGCAGGUUGAAUUUGGCUCAGUUGAGAAAGUUCUGCGACUGUAGCUGUACAAUGGUUAUCAAUGGGUCUCACCUGAACAGCUCCUCACCAGACCCCACUGACACCGUCCUGAACCGCCCGCCGUGGGUUGCCACAACUUUGGGGUGCUUUCUCAUCUUCACUACGGUCGUUGACAUCCUGGGCAACCUCUUGGUCAUCUUCUCCGUUUAUCGGAACAAAAAGCUCAGGAACGCAGGGAACAUCUUUGUGGUGAGCCUGGCAGUGGCAGACCUUGUGGUGGCCAUCUACCCAUACCCUCUGGUCCUCACCUCCAUCUUCCACAAUGGCUGGAACCUGGGUUACGUCCACUGCCAAAUCAGCGGUUUCCUCAUGGGUGUCAGUGUCAUUGGCUCCAUCUUCAACAUCACUGGCAUCGCCAUCAACCGAUACUGUUACAUCUGCCACAGCCUCAAAUAUGAUAAACUGUACAGCGACAAAAACUCUGUCUGCUAUGUGUUGUUAAUUUGGGCGCUGACUGUUGUUGCCAUUGUGCCCAACUUGUUUGUGGGCUCGCUUCAGUAUGACCCGCGAGUUUAUUCCUGCACGUUUGUACAGUCGGCCAGCUCAGCGUACACCAUCGCUGUGGUUUUCUUCCACUUCAUUUUACCCAUCAUGAUUGUCACCUACUGCUACCUGCGCAUUUGGAUAUUGGUCAUACAGGUAAGGAGGCGGGUCAAGCCAGACAAUCGGCCUAAGCUGACGCCGCAUGACGUCAGAAACUUUGUUACAAUGUUUGUGGUGUUUGUGCUCUUUGCUGUCUGCUGGGCACCACUAAACUUCAUCGGACUGGCUGUAGCAAUCAAACCGGAGGUAGUGAUUCCCCUCAUCCCUGAGUGGUUGUUCGUGGCCAGCUACUUCAUGGCCUACUUCAACAGCUGCCUUAAUGCCAUUGUAUAUGGUGUGCUGAACCAGAACUUCCGGCGCGAGUACAAGCGUAUUGUAGUGUCAGUGUGUACAGCUCGCAUCUUCUUCCAGGACAGCUCCAAUGAUGCAGGGGAGAGGCUCAAGAGUAAACCGUCACCACUCAUGACCAACAAUAACCAGGUCAAGGUUGACUCUGUCUGAAACAGCUCAGAGACAUAAACCAAUAUGCUGUUACUGAGAGCAUAAAGAACAAACACAAUAAUGCUGAGUGAGAAAAAUACCAAAUAUAAACCUGAAACAGCUUCUGUCUGGACUCAUACGGUGCUAUCUGAUCUCUGAACAAUCACAGCAAGAACAGGGGUGCAUAAUUACUUUGUCUUUUAUCAAGCACUUUCGUUUGACUCUGCAGUCCCUGUGGUACAAAACAAUAUAUGAUGUCUGUUUUGUUUUCAUGUUUACAAUGAUGAUAUAAAUGUAUCAUUAAAUAUAUAAGUAUUUAUUUUAUAUGAAAUGCCAUGUAAAUAUACAUUAUAUCAGGAUCCAGUUUAAAAAAACAAACUAAAUUUUCUGAGGCCAUUUAAAAAAAACAUUUCUACAAAACUUGGUUGAAAAGAUGCUAACAAGUUUGUAAAUGAAGUUAACCAAUUUUAUUAACCUCAUUUGUGACAAUGUAACACUAAUUGAGUGCGAGCAAUGUGGGUUGCCGCUGUGUUAGUAUAACCUACAGCACCAUCCAUUACAUUAGGUGGAAUAUAUUCUUUAGUAAAAACAAUCUCUCUCUCUCUUUUUAUCGCUCUCUCUCUGUUUCCACCACAUUGUGAGCUCAUUAUACUAUAUGCAUGGAAUAUCAGAAAUUAUUCAUAUGCAAAAUAAAAUUUGAUAUUGAUGGAGUGUUCACAUUAGCCCUGUGUUCAGUGUACUUACAGAUGCUCAUUUUUAUUGCAGUUCUGGUUUAUUGGGGUCUUUUACUUUCUUUUGGCCAUCAUAUGUUACAGUUAUAAAUGGCUAUAAACAAUAACAUCAUUUGCUGCAGUCUUAGCCUGGUGGGACUAAUAAACUCUUAAAUGAA